AACAGUGCAACACUACCAGUUUACAGCAAUUGAGUAGGUUAAUCUGGUAAAUUGAUUAAAUCAAGCAUCGGAUCCAGUAAUAACUCAGUUUGGCUCUCUGUAAGGCGUUAUUGAUGUAAACUGACUUCUCGGAUCUGCCUUGAAAUGAAAGCGGGUGUGCUCCACUGUCGAUGUGCCAAAUGUUUCUCUCUGUCAGUACGGAAGCGGGUUCGAAAGCGUCCGUCUGCCAUGACACUGCUGUCUCUUCCUGAAGAACUGCUGCUAUGUGUUCUCCAAUGCCUCUCCGCUGAAGAUCUGCUCGCCAUCAGAGCGGUACAUUCUCAUCUUCGUUUUAUUGUCGAUAGUAAUUCGAGUGUCUGGGCUCGAGUUAGCUUCAAGGACCGCUGGCCGGCCCCACAUACUCUAUGGCUGUUUGAAAGAGCUGCGGAAAAAGGGAACUUCGAAGCUGCUGUGAAACUAGGAAUUGCGUAUUUGUACAAUGAAGGACCUUCGCUCAGUGAGGAGGGGCGAGCUGACCUGUGCGGCCGGAUGGCAUCUCGAUACUUCAGUCUGGCUGAGAGUCUCAGGUCACCGCUGGCCGGCACCUUCAUCUGGCUGUUCAUCCGCCCGCCGUGGUCCAUGUCCGGCGGCUGCUGUAAGGCCGUUGUGUACGACCACCUGAAAGCGGAAUGUGACACCAACCCAGGGCGGAAAGGGAUGUUACUACAUUGUCUGGCUAGAGUCCUUCAGCUGUUUGACGAUGAAGAGAAGCGGGCUGAAGCUGUGGCCAUGUUGGAGGAGUCCGCUGUUUGUGGUAAUGUUCAGAGCUCUUAUCUGCUGUGGGAGCUGAGCUGCGGCACAUCGACGGCUGAUCCCGGCAGGUAUCUUCAGUGUGUGCGUACACUCAGGGACUAUGCUGCCAAAGGAUGCUGGGAAGCUCAGCUGUCAUUUGCGAAAUCGUGUGGCACGUCGAAUCCUCUGGGUCUGGAGCCACGGGCCUGCGCUGAACUUGUGUCGCAGUUCUUCCUCUCCGGCCCGAAACCAAUGCGACAACCGCAACAACUGCAGGGACAGGACAUCACCACUAAGAGGUACAUUCUAGUGGACUGGUUAGUAGAGGUGACCACCAUGAAAGACUUCUCCAGUCAAGUUCUGCAUGUAACCAUUGGAUGUGUGGACCGUUAUUUGGGGCUCAGAUCGGUACCCAAAGCUCACCUACAGCUCCUUGGCAUCGCCUGCAUGGUCAUCAGCACACGAUACAUCAGUAAAGAGAUUCUGACCAUCCGUGAGGCCGUGUGGCUCACAGACAACACCUAUCAGUAUGAAGACCUGGUGCGAAUGAUGGGGGAGGUCAUCUCGGUGUUGGAUGGAAAGAUACGGACCCCUACGGUGUUGGAUUAUGGUGAAGUGUUGUUGUCUCUUUUGCCCAUGGAGCGGCGCAGUGCUCACCUCUUCAGCUACAUCUCUGAGCUCUCCCUCCUUUGCUCACCUCUGACUGUACCCGGGCCGGCCCAUGUUGCCAGCGCCAUCCUGCUUCUCACCAGAGCACUGCAUAACUAUGUUCCCGUUUGGCCGACCCAGUUGGAAGUAAACACUGGUUUCUCCAAGCUGCAUCUGGUGUCCUGUGCGUUAUCACUCUACAUCAAUUGUUUUGGUCAAGAUGUGCCCAAAGACUUCAGACACAUGUCUUUAACUGGGGUCAAACAGAGGUUUGAAGAUGACGCGCAUCAGCAGAUUAGCAAAGAUACAGUUAUGUGUUUUAAGGAGCUCUGUCAAGUGUUGGAGGUCCCAGAGGUGGAGCCGCAAGUGGAGGCGUCCAGCGCUAGCGGGCAGCUGACAGAAAUUCACACGUUCCUCUCAUCACCCGCCAGCAACAGCAAGAGGAGGCGAGAGGACAGCAUGCAGCCACACAGAGGCAGCUUCCUGGCCACGCCCACUGCUGAGCUGUCCACUCAGGAGGAGAUGCUGCUGGGAGACAUCCAAGACUUGAGCCUGGACACUUCCUGUUCCGGAUACGAGGGUGACCAGGAGAGCGAGGGAGAGAAGGACGGAGAGAUAUCGGCCAUGGAUGUGCAGAUGGAGCUGCCCAUUGAGUCUGGUGAUCGGCAGAUGCAUUGUUGUGCGUUCUCCAGUGACGACGACAGCCUUUGUGAGGAAAACAACAACAAUAAUAAUGAAGACGCAACAGGCGGGAGCAGCAGUCGCAGCAGACCCUGGCUAUGCCACCUGUCCUCUUCCUCCUCCACUUCCUCGUGCCUGUCCUGCACGGACCACCAGAGCUCUGGUUACUCCUCCAUCCAAAGCGUGCCCAGUCCAUCCGUUUCUUCAUCCGUGGUUCCUUGCAUCUUCUCUCCCCCUGACCUACCAUUGAAUUCCCCCUCUGGUAUCCGACUGCUGCUGCCGCCCAUGCAAAGAACUCGUCAUCAAGUAAAGAGGAAACACACGGCUGCACACAGCGAGGGAGAAGCAGAAGGUGGCCAGGAGAAUGAAGACGAUGGCGCCAACGUGGCGUUCCUGAGCUUGUGAGAGGAGGUGGCGAGCAGGCUUUGGCGGAAAGCUGUUUUCCCUGUACGCAUCACUUUCUGGCCUCCCAGGCAGGAGCACUUUCAUUCAUGGAUGCUGAUAGUCUUUAUCUCAGAGGGUGAACACACACCAGCUUUCAAAACGUCCCAUUUGUGGAAGGUUGUGGAAAAACAUAGGUCAUGUUUUUUGUCCCAUAAUGCAUUUCACUUGGAGCCCAAGGGGGGGCGCACUUUCCUCGAACAUGGCUGACAACAAGCAACAUGAUUAAUGCCUCCCAAUUCAAAGUGUUCAAAUCACUGGAACUGUCACUGUUUUUGAAGUCUUGUUAAUGUGCUAAAUGUUUCAGAAUUUUUUAAUACUCUGAAGUAUUAAAUCCAGACUGUUUACAACAAUCUCACGGCCCAAGGACUAUUUCAUACUUUGGUAUGCAGUUUUUCCAUUCAUGAACAUCUUCACCGAGUUACAUGCAGCUAAACUAACUUUAUUUCAAACUAUGAAGUUUCAUGACGUUACAUGCACUGUCCGUACAAAACUGGUUUGUUUACUCGUCAAUUCAGGGCACAGAUAUAUUUUUUUCUUCAUGUAUUUUGAUUAUUUAUCACAAAGUGGAUUAAAGUACUCCAGUGUUCUUGUGUUGUGUUGUGUUAUCUACGUCUUUUGUCGUGCUUAUGCCAAAGUUGUUCCAAAGCUAGCAUAGUUAGCAUCUGUUGCAACAGUCCCGAAUCCAUUAUUGUACAAGCGAUUUUGCAAACGUUUUGCCAGUGUUUUAGCAAAUAGAUGGACGUUUUGCGAAAAUGCCAGCGAAACGUUUACGAAUUCGUUUCUAGGUUUUUAAUAGCAUAGCUAGCAUCUGUCGCAAGAGUCCCGAAUCCAUUAUCGUACUAGCAAUUUCAAUAACGUUUUGCCCACGUUUUAGUAAAUAGAUGGAUAGCUAGUGUUUAGUAGAUAGCUAGCAUCUGCCGCAACAGUCCUGAAUCCAUUAUCGUACUAGCCAUUUCAAUAACGUUUUGCCAGCGUUAUAGCAAAUAGAUUGAGGUUUUGCAAAAAUGCCGGUGAAAUGUUAACAAAUUAGUUUCUAGUUUUACUUGUAUAGCUAGCAUCUGCCGCAACAGUCCUUUAUCAUACUAGCAAUUUCAAUAACGUUUUGCCAGCGUUUUAGCAAAUUUGUUUCUAGAUUUUACUUGCAUAGCUAGCAUCUGUCGCAACAGUCCCGAAUCCAUUAUCAUACUAGCACUUUCAAAAAAAGUUUGCCCGCGUUUUAGCAAAUAGAUGGAAGUUUUGCGAAAAUGCCGGCGAAACGUGAACAAUUUAGUUUCUAGUUUUUUACUAGCAUAGCUAGCAUCUCUCGCAACAGUCCCGAAUCAAUUAUCGUACUAGCAAUUUCAAAAAUAUUUUGCCCACGUUUUAGCAAAUAGAUGGACGUUUUGCGAAAAUGCCGGCAAAACGUUUACGAAGUUGUUUCUAGUUUUUUACUAGCAUAGCUAGCAUCUGUCGCAACAGUCCCGAACCCAUUAACGUACUAGUGCUUUUGCAAACCAUUUGUCAUUUGUUUUCACAAAUAGAUGGAAUUGUUUUUUGCGACUACGCCGGUGAAACGUUUUCGAAAUCAGGAGUAAAAUAAUGGAUUCUUUAGCAAAAGCGUUUUGCAAACUUCCUGAUUCUGAUACCACGGAUGUUUUGACCUGUGAAACUGAAAAACCUACAGUCAAUCUGUAUGAAUUUAUUUUGAUCGUUUUUUUUUUGUUUUGUUUUUUACAACAAAUCCAAUGCAACACCCUGUGAAUGUGAUUGUUUGACAUGCUUUUCGUAAUGACCUCGUGAGCACAUUAAAUGACCAAAUGCUGGAAAUCGAAACGUUGCUUUGUAACGAGACUUGAUGUUUUAUGGCAAACUUUUAAUAUGCUUGAACAACAUGCGUAUAGAUGUUAUACAGUGUUCAUCUGGUAUUAUUACAAUACCUGUGUUUGAGGUUAUGACACUGAAAGCAUUGAGUUAAUGUUGUUGUGCAGGUCUUGUUUAUACUGUGUGUCGAACAUCACUAAGGAUUAUUAUUCUUUGUUUAUAACUGUAAAUAUAUGCAUGAAGCUGUGAAAGGCCAUGUGAACUUGAAAACAGACAUGUGUGUGUGUGUGUGUAUUAUAUUCCUAAAUCCACAAUAAAACAA